UUCAAAAUGGCGGACGGAGGAGCAGCGAGUCAAGAUGAGAGUUCAGGACCAGAUUCUAGAAUGAGUAAUGCGUCAGAAACGAGUAAAUGUGGAAUGGAGAGUCAGAGUGGGGACGGCAACACAGAAAUCCAAACGAAUGGACUGGACUUUCAGAGGCAGACGCUUCAGACCACAAGCGCAAUCACCAACGCUCACACACAGGCUCUCCUCCAACAGUCCAAGUCAGAAGACUCGGGUGCAAUUCCGACCUCCGUCCAGCAGGGGGUGCUGCCUCAGGCCCAGCUCAUGCUGGCUGGGGGACAGAUAGCUGGAUUGACCCUGUCUCCAGCGCAGCAGCAGUUGUUGUUGCAACAGGCCCAGGCCCAGCUCCUAGCAGCAGCCAUGCAGCAGUCAGCCAGCCAGCAGAGCAGCACUACGGGGGCCAGCAUCUCUGCCUCUGCAGCCACCCCUAUCACACAACUGCCCCUGUCCCAGCCCAUCCAGAUCACCUCUAUUCCCUCUGGUUCUACCCAUCUUCCAGGCCAGCUAAGCCAGCUGGGAUACCCCUAUGAGAUGGCGACCUUCAGCAGUUACCUACCUCAGUUACAACAGCUGCAGCAGCAGAACCUGACCAUGCCCCAGUUUGUCCUGGUUCAGCCUGGCCACCACAUCGCUACCCAGCUGCAGCCUGGCCAGUUCAUCAUCUCACAGUCACCACAGGGCCAGCAGAGUCUCCUGCAAGGCCAGAGUCUUCUAACUCAACUACCUCAAAGCCAAGCCAACCUCCUGCAGACUCAUCCCAGCAUCACGCUCUCCACACAGCCAGCGACUCCAACCCGCACGAUAGCAGCCACUCCCAUCCAGCCUCUGUCCCACAGCCAGACCUCACCCCCUAAACGCCUGGCCACGCCCAGUCUGGAGGAGCCCAGUGACCUGGAGGAGCUGGAACAGUUUGCCAAGACCUUCAAACAGAGACGCAUCAAACUGGGCUUCACACAGGGAGAUGUUGGCCUGGCUAUGGGCAAGCUGUACGGUAACGACUUCAGCCAGACCACCAUCUCCCGCUUCGAGGCCUUGAACCUGAGCUUUAAGAACAUGUGCAAGCUGAAGCCACUGCUGGAGAAGUGGCUCAACGAUGCAGUUUAUGCAGACAAUCUGUCGUCUGACCAGGCCCUGUCCAGCCCCAGCGCCCUGGGCUCCCCUGGCCUGGGUAUGGAGGGGCUGAACCGCAGACGCAAGAAGAGGACCAGCAUCGAGACCAACAUUCGUUUGGCCUUAGAAAAGAGAUUUCUGGAACAGAACCAAAAACCUACCUCUGAGGAGAUCACCAUGAUCGCCGACCAGCUCAACAUGGAGAAGGAGGUGAUCCGGGUGUGGUUCUGUAACCGCCGGCAGAAAGAGAAGAGGAUCAACACCCCUAGUGGUGGAUAUAGCAACACCGGGACAGGCAGCAGCCCCAUCAAAACCAUCUUCACCCCUACGACCCCCCUGGUGGCCAGUACGGCCAGCCUUGUGACCAGUAACACACCGACCACACUGACUGUAAACCCAGUGAUGCCUCUCAACAGCACCAGCGUGUCUGGCCUGACCUUCACAGGCACGACCAUCGGAGCGACCACAAACACGGCGUCUGUCAUCUCCACGGCACCCAUGGUUACUGCGGUGACCAGCUCCCCAUCGCUAAGCCCCUCCCCCACGACCCUCCAGGCCACGGCGGCGGAGACCGGCGGAACCCAGGAGCACACGGUGGUCACGCAGGCACCGUCAUCCCUAGCGACCACUCUGGGGACGGGUCAGGUGAUGGUGGCUGGACUGGGCCUGUCGGCCGCCCUGCAAGGCGCCGCCCAGUUACCCACCAGCGCUAGUUUCGCUGCCAUGGCCGGGCUUAACCAAGGACUUAUGGCGUCAUCGCAGUUCACUCCUGGGGGGGCCUUGCUGAGCUUGGCUCCAGGGGGGCUGGGAGGGGCUCUGAACCCCGCCAUGUUGAGCAACAGCACCCUGGCCACCAUCCAAGGUCUGUGGAGCGCUCUGGCAUCAGGCGGUGCUCUCCCCAUCACCUCGCUGGAUGGGAGCGGUAACCUGCUGUUCGCCAACACCUCCGCCGGCAGCACCCCCAACCUGAUGCAACCCCUCUUCCUGAACCCCCAGAACCUGUCCCUGCUCACCACCAACCCUGUCAACCUGGUGUCAGCCGGAGCUGCUGGGGGAGGGGCCCUGCAGGUCUCAGCUGACCACCAGGUCACCACGGCGACUGUACCAGUUCCCGCCUCCACCAUCACCACUGCCUCCAGGGCCCAGUGAAGCUGGAGGCCUCAAAUGGAACCCUAUGCCCUAUUUAGUGCACUACUCUUGGUUAAAUGUAGCGUACGAUAUGUCUGGCUCUGGCUAUAUUAGGGCACUAUAUGGGGGAAUAGGGCUGUUGUUUGGGAUUUGGCCUUAGACUAAUGGCUCUACCCACCUGUUCCUCCUCUUCCUUCUCUCUGUCAUUAUUUAAAUAUUUUGCUGCCACCAAAAAGAAACCCUCUGUGAAGCAGGUUGGAAUUUAUUUAAAAAAAAAAAAAAAGGUAUUUUUUCCAUUCUCUCUUCCCUAGUACUCCAAAAAUGAUGUUUUUGAUCGUUGGAUACGUCAGGUCACACAGGAGGACUGGGGCGGCCAUUUUCUGAGGCAUGAUCGUCUUGAACUCUAUGGUUUGUGCUCCUUGUGUGACGCCUGACCAACGUCUUGGGAAAGUAAAUAACAGAGAAGACCCACCUUUUCUACUCCGUCACCUUUUUCACAAGUAGAGAUCUUUCUCUUCCCUGUUCAGAACUUAUUCUGAAGUACUUCUAACCAAAAAUGUGUGAUUUUACUUUUAAAAUUGUUAUUCUAACAAAAAUGAUUUACUACUAAGUUCACAAUCUA